AUGGACUUCAAGACUCCGUCGUCGAUGAUCUCGUCGAUCUCGAAAGUGUUUGCAAGGGCAAGGCAUUUCAGGCCUCGUGCGAGAGACUACCCAAAGGUCAAUGUUAAGGAGGUCGAGUUGAACCCAAGAAGGUAUGGAUUUCGAAAAAUCCGACCACCGAUUCUAGCCCAGUCCAAGACCAAGACCUUGUUCCCCAAUUCCGAGCUAGCCAAGCUAUAUGUCGAGCACGGCAAGAGAAUACCCAACCGGUUUAUGAGUCAGAUGGACUCGGGACGAGCACGCGCUUAUUUUGAAGAGUUUCAACAAAGAAUUAUGAUGGAUGAACCACAUUUCACCGUGGGUAAGAAACAAAUAUUCUUGCCGCAAGGCAGAGUUUGCCUAUUGAGAAACAACGCUAAGCAUACCCCUUAUCAGGCGAAGUUCCUCGUGCCCAAGAGUAUGAACAAGAUGGACUUGAGGGACUAUUUGUGGCACAUUUACGGGUUGAGAGCUUUAAACGUCACGGUGCAGUUGCAGCCUGCAACAUGGGCGAGAGGACCAAACGAUCACGGUAGGUAUAGACAGCCGCAGUUGAAGAAAAUGACCAUAGACAUGGCCGAGCCGUUUGUGUGGCCCGAAGUGUCGAAAGAGCAGCUCGAUAAGUUUGAAAACCAGGCCCACAAUAGCAUCGAGCAGAUGGAGGACGCAUACGCUGUGGGGUCAGAUAAAAAUAAACCCAACGAAAUCUACGAUGGAAUGUUCAAAGAGGAUGCCGUUGUGAAGAGGUUCAUUCCAACCCAAUUUAAAAGAACCAAUACCAAAGCCACGAAACAGCUUCAGCAGUCUUUCAAUGUACAAGAAACUAGAAAUAGAUUGGCAAGGCAUUUGAACUUGUAA